CGGGUGUGUACCAGGCCCUUUGAACCCUAGAACGUCUUCCCAGGAAGACUGUAGGCCACAGAGCUUCUGGCCCAGGACCCCUGCGGCAGCCCCUCCGGCGGCGGCGGCGGCGGCGGCGGCGGCGGAGUCAGAUCGGUUCCUUGGCAACAUCCAGGGAGGAAUCUGUGCUCGCUCACUGGCUCCCUUCCGGCCCCCUCCCUGCUGCCUGCCUACGGGGGUUGGAGGCGGAGGCAGCAGCGCAGCCCCGUUAUAAAAAGCGACGGUGGCAGCGGCGGCGGGCAAGCAGGAGAGGGGGCAGUUCUGAGUCGCUUUGGACAGAGGGGCAGACGCGUGGCCCCAGCCUAAGACUCUCCGCCAUGGCUCUCAUCGCUGGCUCGUGGCUGCUGUGGCUGGCUGCGUUCUACCAUCUCAUGAUCCUAGUGGCUGGUUCGCGCUGGGACUUUCUCUGGCCUGAUGGUAAAGCCCUCCAGAAUAAAGGGCCCAAUACCAGUGAAGGUCAGCACUCCGGUAUGAAACAAUGCAGCUAUGAGUGCAAUGACAGCAACAUGACCCCGAAGAUUCCCUUGAGACUUCUCGCUGGCUACAAGCAUAAUGAGAAGUCCUGUGAAAAACGUGCCAUCAUCUUGAAAACAAAGAAAAACAAGACCUUCUGUGCUGACCCUGAGGCGCAAUGGGUCCAGGAAGUAAUGAAACACUUCGACCGCCAGGCCACUGCUCAGACCCCACACAGCGGCACAUUUGAGAAGCAGAUUGGUGCUAUGAAGCCAAGCAUGGGCCUGGCGAAGGCGGGGACCACAGCAGCACCCAGUGGGAUACCCGAAUCAGCUGUGGUCUCAGAGCCCAGAGCCACAGGGCAUGGCUGGAGCCCUGAGCUGCCUCCUUCUACCCAGGAGGCACAGACGGCCGUGGGCACCUCCCCAGCACUGCCCACUGCAGUGCCCGGCUCCUCAGGAACCACAGAGCUUCCAGCAGAGUCUGAAAGCCCUGAGUUUUUCAACACAGCCACUGCCUCCUCUGCCGCUGUCCCUCGGCCGCAUUCUACUGCUUACCAACCUGACGCCACUGAGGCCCCCUCCAUCAAAAUGCCAUCUACUGAUAAAUCCUUCACUCAGAUCCCAACCACCUCACACCCCACCCCAGAGAAGAACCUUGGACCUGAAGGUCAUUCCCUGGGAGCCACCACACAGAGCUCCGGGCCAGGGAACCCUCAGGGUGCCCAAGAGACAGUUCCCACGGUCGCUCACACAGACACCUUCCAGGACUGGGGACCUGGCAGUGUGGGCUAUGUGUCCUCGGCAGGGACCCCUAGCAGCGAGCCUGUGGCCUCAGGCAGCUGGGUGCCCAAGGCCGAGGAGCCCAUCCAUGCCACUGUGGAGCCCCAGAGGCUGGGCGUCCGCAUCACUCCAGUCCCUGACACCCAGGAGGCCACCCGAAGGCAGGCGGUGGGGCUGCUAGCCUUCCUUGGCCUCCUCUUCUGCCUGGGAGUAGCUAUGUUCGCCUAUCAGAGUCUCCAGGGCUGUCCCCGCAAGAUGGCAGGAGAGAUGGUAGAAGGCCUGCGCUAUGUGCCCCGGAGCUGUGGCACCAACUCCUAUGUCCUGGUGCCCGUGUGAGCCGCUGCUGCCACCUGCCUGCCUACACCCACUUAUUCCAUCCAUGAGCUGCCCCCUCACCCCCCAGGUUCCUACCCCUCCUCCCCCACCUCCCAUACAGCCAGGCCUAGGCUGGGAUCAUCCACAGACUCACAGAAGAGGCUGGUCCUCCCCAUGUGAAUUGCUCCAAGCCCAGGGCUGCCCUCGGCCGUUCUUGACCUCUUGGGGAAAGUAGGAACGACCUCUUACCCCACCCCACCCUGAAAUCUGGAAGCUCUCCUCUGCUGCUGGCUGGUUUGAGGUUCCUUCUGACACAGUCCCCACCCCAACCCCAUCAAACGGUUAUUUAUUGUGCACCCAGCCCCCUCUGGCCCGGGACUCCCCAGGACUCGCCAGGACUGUCAAGGUCCUGCAUCUCACAGGUGAGCAGCGGCCAGGACCUCUUGCCUGCUCCCUCCCACUCCUUCGUGUCUCCUGGUCCUGCUACACGCAUCCCUGCCCUUCCCUCCGCCCCCCCUCAAGGCCACUGCGGUGCUAUGUUCCCCAAGCCCCACCUGGGGACCAGUCUUGCCUUGCAUGAGGCUAGCAUGGGGCCUCCGGGGACCGCUCCCAGGAAGGCACUGUCCUCAGUGAGGCCUCAUGGGACAUGAAAAGGAGGGGACCCAGUGGCUUUGGUGCUCCUCCUCUCUGUCAGGCUGCUAAGGCACCUUGACAACAAGGCUUGAGGCUGGCAGGGCCUGACGCUUGCUUGGCGGUGAGACAUCUGCAUGCCAUUUCAGAGUGUGUCCUGCCUCUAGCCUCCAUUUGGCAAGGGCAUCCCCUCUGGAAUGGGAGGAGGGGUCAGUGGUUAUGACCGGAGCUAUGACAUCCCUACCUGGGUCCAGACCUCCUUUCUGCAGACCCCAAGGGCAGCCUCAGUAUGGAUUGCAGCAACACUGCCAUGGGGCCUGCAACCCAAGGGCAUCUGCAGGGGCAGCAGCGGGGAGUGCAAGGCCUGCCUUGUGCUCCCUAAGAUGGGGACUUGGCUGGGGCUUUGUGGGAGCUCGUUUCUGCCAGGUUCCCAGCCAGCCUCAGUGAUCGCCAGACACAUGUGUCCUUGAGGAGGCUGGGACUCCUGAGAGGUCCAGAAAAAAGCUCUGGGUGCAGUGACCCUCCCAGCUGUCCUUCUAGGGACUGACUGUAGGUGGCCUGGCUCGCGUCCCCCUUGGUCCCCUGCACCCCAGGCUCCUUCCCACGGCCUUGAGUCUCCUCCCACCUUGGUCAUCCCUGAAAACACUGUUCCUUGCAUUCCAGGAUUUCCUCCCCUCCCCCUUUCCCCACUAAAGCAGGGCCUGGAAUUUCCAUGGGUCUUAUGCAGCUAUGGUCCUGGCCUAGAGCCUGCACAUACCCUCCCUCCACUGUGCCAGAGAGGUGGAGGUCAUGGCCAUGAAGUUGGCAGGUCCCUCUUGACUGCGAAAAGGGACCCAAGCUAGCUGCAUGCCCCGUGGACCAGCACUAGGACCUUGCAGCUCUCCCCCUUUUGGAUCCUGAAGGCAGCUCAUCCCUCCCCUCGGACUAUCCCUAACAGUAACCUUUGCUCUCUCAUGGGCUGGGCUUCACCCAGGGGCCAGUGAUGCGGUCUCUGGCAGGUGCAUGCUCAGAAGAAACCCCAGCUCUACCCCUGACGGGGAGGAAGACCUGUGGUCAUGCCCACCUGCCCUUCAGCCUGGUGUGAGUGGUAUGCUCAGGGCCUGGCUCAAGUCACUGGUGAUGGCUCGGAGAGGACAGCAGGCCUGAUGCACUUUGACUCGGCUGCCCCAGGCUGGGAGAAACUGCAAGGACAGGACACCUGGAGAUGGAGUCCUUCCUUGCAAGGAAGCUGCUGUGAUUUAGUCCUGCAACAGACUUUGUGGGUUGCCCGCAGGCCUGACACGGUCAAGGGCAAUCUGGGAAGGACUUUGGAAGGACUUGGUUGACCCUUUUGCUCUCCCAACCCUCAUCACUAAUGUAUGUGUGCCAUUUUGUAUUUUAUUAAUAAAACUUAAAAGUCUUGUGAAUU